AAUCGAUCUAACGGCUGCAAAACACAUCAUAACCCCACCACCUUAAUCUCCACCGUCAAAACCAAAUAAAAAAUCAAAAAGAAAGCAGAAAACAAUUUAAUUCUACUGAAAAAAAGAAAGAAAAAAAAAAUAUCUGAAUUCUCAAUGGAGCCGAAUGAAAGUAGUGGACUCAGUUCUUACUUCCACCACCACCACCACCACCAACAACAACCACCGCCACAAAACCCUAACCCUAACCCUAACACCGCCAAUGUUUCCCCUUCUCCGACUAACGGAAUUCUUCAAAACAACAACCCUAACGCCGCCGCCGCCGUUUACACUGGUUCGUUGCCGUCAGCCGUGUCUCCGGCGGCGGCGAUGGAGAGUGUGAAGAGAAAGAGAGGUAGACCGCGUAAGUACAGCACGCCGGAGCAAGCCGCGGCUGCUAAGCGGCUAUCGUCGGCUUCGGCGCCGCCUAAAAAGAGAGAUCAUGGAUUGAGUGGUGCUGUUGGAGUUGAUGGCGGUGGUAGUGGUGGUAGUUCUUCGAAGAAAUCUCAAUUGGCUGCGUUAGGUAAUGCUGGUCAAGCUUUUCAACCUCAUAUCAUCAAUGUGUCUACUGGAGAGGAUGUCGGUCAGAAAAUCAUGAUGUUCAUGCAACAAAGCAAACACGAACUAUGCGUAUUGACAGCAUCUGGCUCAAUCUCCAAUGCCUCUUUGCGUCAACCAGCAACAUCUGGAGGAAGUAUUACAUAUGAGGGGCGAUUUGACAUUAUCACUCUGUCUGGAUCUUAUGUACGCACUGAGACUGGAGGCAGAACGGGUGGGCUGAGUGUGUGUCUGGCAAGUACUGACGGCCAAAUUAUUGGAGGUGGAGUUGGUGGUCCCUUGAUAGCUGGAGGCCCAAUUCAGGUGAUUGUUGGCUCAUUUUCAGUUGACUCGAAAACUGGUGGAGUAAAGCAUGAUACCUCCCCGCAAUUUGGUGGGUCACCAAUAUCGAGUGUAGGCUUUCGUUCGGUGGUUGAUUCUUCUAAUCAAAGUAUGGGUGGAGGUCAGUUUAUGAUGCAAUCUCGUGGUAUGCAACCAACGCCAUUACAUUCAACUGAUUGGAGGGUUGGCGCUGGUCAGGGCAUGCACCAGUCUCCAGAAAAUGGGGACUAUGACCACCUUCAAGAUUAGGCAAAAUGUUUCGUAUUAGGAGUAGUGUGAUAAACUUUCCCAAGUUAUAGGUUCUUUUUGGAAGAGAAUAUACAAACUCUUUUUACAUUUGUACAGGUUAGAAACACUUCCCUGUAGUGUUCGUUUUUGCAGAUGAAAACUGCUCCCAAAUUCAGUGAUGUGUGGACCUCAGAAUUUCUGCUCUGGAUUACCUUGCUGUCUUUGUGCUUUAGAGCUUGUUUAUUUCUUUUUGUUGGUUUGGUAUGUUUAGGAUUCUUUAUAUUCCGACUUGUGUAUAUUGGUGAAAUAAGAGGUUAAUUAAGGUCUCUGUUUACCUAGU